GACACUGACUGAAGCCAACUUCACUCUGGAAGCCAUCCUUUCCCCCCACAAGUGGGUCAUCCCAGACCAAAGACUCUUUGCCAAGUUUCCAUCUUUUAGAGAAGCAACUGCGCAGGUCACAAAACAACUUCUCAUUGCCCUGGAGUUCUCUAAGAGAAAGUCCCCAGUGCUCUCUGAGAGAAGGCGCUAA